CCUCAUAUCAUGGAAUAAUAACACGCUAUCGAAUACUUGAGAAAGAGGGUAGAAGGUCUAGAUGCUUCAUCGGCUUCGCUAACUUUGAGCCGUUCCUGAAUAUCGUAGGAUUCCAAGGUUCCUUUCAUUCUCUCCACAUUCGGCGGGUCUUCACCCGCGCCGAUGAACUAUACCAUUUACUGACGUCACCAUUUUUUAUCGAGCGGGCUUGGAUAAGGGAAGUUUUGGAAAUUCACCGGCAAUAUACAUUGUAGCACUUCAAGAUGGAUCUCUCAAGUUUACACAAGUACAUCAAAGAACGACCAUGUCUAACAAUACCAUACCAACAGUCGAGGGGGGUAAGAGGAUAGUCUUCACAGGAGGUAGUGGCAAAGCAGGGCGCCAUGUUAUCCCCUAUUUACUUUCCAAAGGACAUAAGGUCUUAAAUCUUGACCUAAUUCCAUUUCCCGAUUCAUCUGUUGAUGUAUAUACACUCAAAACGGACCUCACAGAUUCAGGGCAAGUUUUCAAUGCCUUCACAUCCCAUUUUAACAAGUCCGGAUACAAUGAAGGACCAGUGCCCGGUCCUCCAGAUGUGGUCAUACAUUUUGCUGCCUAUGCCCGAAACAUGCUUGUACCUGACAGCGAACUCUUUCAGGCCAACACUCGUAGCACAUACAACGUCAUUGAAGCAGCCAGCAAACUUUGUGUGAAGAAGGUCAUAAUCGCUAGCUCCGAAACCGUGUAUGGAGUAUGUUUCGCACAAGGAGAUACCGAUUAUCAUUCUUUUCCUCUAGAAGAAGACUAUGAUGUUGAGCCCGAAGAUUCUUAUGCUCUAUCCAAGAUAUGUGGCGAGAAGACUGCUCGUACAUUUGCGAAACGGUUUAAGUCAGAUAUAUAUGCGUUGAGAAUUGGUAAUGUGAUUGAACCGCAUGAGUAUAAAAGAGACUUUCCAGGUUUCAUGGAAGAUCCUAUGUGUAGGAAACGAAAUGCCUGGAGUUAUAUUGAUGCAAGGGAUUUGGGUCAAAUUUGUGAUUUGGCGAUCAAGAAAAAUGGCCUAGGGUUUCAAGUCUUCAAUGCCACAAAUGACGGCAUCACAAUACCUGGGGAAGAAAAGACAGAAGACUUUUUGAAGAGAGUUUGUCCAGGAACGAAGGCUACAAGAAGGUUGGGAGAGAGGGAAGCACCGUUGAGCAAUAGAAAGAUCAGAGAAAUAUUGGGAUUCAAGGAACUUCAUGAUUGGCGUAGUUAUGUUAAUUGAGAGGAGGAAGGAAAUACAUUUCGGGGGGCUUUUUGUUGAUAAGAUGGUGAAUCAAUUAUGGCUUUGGAAGUCCCUUCAUAUAGUACUGUUCAGUAUCUCGAAUACCCACGCUCUAUGUAAAGGUGAAGCCAUAUUUGUCACGGAUCGCACCCAAUCACAGCUGCGAUCGCUUACGUGCGCGUUUGCGCACGUGUAUGAUCAUAUAUAUAUAGCUAGUAUAUAGGAACACUCUACAAGCGCUUUGCUCCCAAUUCUGUAAUUAUAGAUUUUAAGAAUAAAUUAUAU